AUUGAAUGAUUCAAUCUCCGGGUCACAGGUACGUCCUGUCCCAUCCCAUCACUCACACUAUAAGAACUCUCCUGCAGGUUGUCACUGAUCAGCGAUCACAGAGUGAGCGAAGCAGAAUUGAAAGGGAGAGGGAAAGAAAAUGGCAACCAACACUUCACAUUUCUCUGCAACUACGCAUUAUACCUCUGUUUCCCGAUUUGUAGAUUUUGGUUCCAGCAGUGGAAAGUCGAGAUCGAAUCUGUUUUUGGUUCGAAGUUUGAGGCCGCGGCCUGUUUCGCGGUCGUUUUCGGUUAAGAAUGUGUUUAGCGAGCAAAAACAGAAACUUAAAGAUCUGGUCGCUGGAGAAGAGAUGCCAAGUGGUCAGAAUCCUUCCACUGCAGAUGCCUCGUCCAUUGCCGCAAGUAUCAAAUACCAUUCAGAAUUCACACCAGCAUUUUCUCCCGAGAAAUUUGAGCUUCCACAGGCCUUUUUGGCUACUGCACAGAGUGUUCGUGAUGCUCUUAUUAUAAACUGGAAUGCAACAUAUGAGUACUAUGAGAGUUUGAAUGCAAAACAAGCAUAUUAUUUGUCAAUGGAAUUUUUACAGGGAAGAGCAUUGUUGAAUGCAAUUGGUAAUUUAGAGCUGACUGGCACUUAUGCAGAGGCCUUGACCAAACUUGGGCACAAUUUGGAAAAUGUGGCUCGUCAGGAGCCUGAUGCUGCCCUUGGAAAUGGUGGUCUUGGACGACUUGCCUCCUGCUUUCUGGACUCUAUGGCGACAUUAAAUUACCCUGCAUGGGGUUAUGGACUAAGAUACAAGUAUGGCCUAUUUAAACAGCGCAUUACCAAAGAUGGUCAAGAGGAGGUCGCUGAAGAUUGGCUUGAGAUGGGCAAUCCCUGGGAAAUAGUGAGAAACGAUGUUGCAUAUCCUGUGAAAUUUUAUGGCAAGGUUGUUUCUGGAUCGGAUGGAAAAAAUCAUUGGAUUGGAGGAGAAGAUAUAAUGGCUGUGGCACAUGAUGUCCCUAUUCCAGGAUAUAAAACUAAAACAACGAUUAACCUGCGACUUUGGUCAACUAAAGCUCCAGCAGAAUAUCUGGACUUGUCUACUUUCAAUUCUGGGGAGCACACCAAAGCAUGUGAGGCCCUAGCAAAUGCUGAAAAGAUUUGCUAUGUUCUCUACCCUGGGGAUGACUCUGUGGAGGGCAAGAUCCUCCGGUUGAAGCAACAAUACACCUUAUGUUCUGCCUCUCUCCAAGAUAUCAUUGCACGUUUUGAGAGAAGAUCUGGAUCAAAUGUAAAAUGGGAAGAAUUCCCGGAGAAAGUCGCGGUGCAGAUGAAUGAUACUCACCCCACACUCUGCAUCCCAGAGCUGAUGAGAAUCUUGAUGGACUUGAAAGGAUUAGGCUGGAAGGAGGCCUGGAAUAUUACUCAAAGAACUGUGGCGUAUACAAACCACACUGUUCUACCAGAAGCAUUGGAGAAAUGGAGCUUGGAGCUUAUGCAGAAACUGCUACCACGACAUGUUGAGAUUAUAGAAAUGAUUGAUGAAGAGCUGAUACACACCAUUGUUUCCAAGUAUGGUAAAGCAGAUCCCAACCUGUUGGAGAAAAAACUGAAGGAAAUGAGAAUAUUAGAAAAUGUAGAUCUGCCUGCCUCUUUUGCAGAUUUAAUUCCUAAACCUAAGAAAAGCUCAAUUGCUAAUGUCACUGAAGAACCUGAAAGCAAGUUGGUUGACAAAGAAGAUGAAUCAGAAAGCGAAAACAAAUCCAAGAGCAAAGGCUCUCAGAAGAAGGAAAAGAUGGUGGUAGAAUCACCUCCAAAACUCCCAAAGUUGGUCCGGAUGGCAAAUCUCUGUGUGGUUGGUGGUCAUGCAGUAAAUGGAGUUGCUGAGAUACAUAGUGAAAUAGUGAAGGAUGAAGUGUUUAACGCAUUUUAUGAGCUGUGGCCUGAGAAGUUUCAAAAUAAAACUAAUGGUGUCACUCCAAGAAGAUGGAUUCGUUUCUGCAAUCCAGAUUUGAGUAAAAUUAUCACUGAAUGGACUGGCUCUGAAGAAUGGGUCUUGAAUACUGAGAAGCUGGCUGACCUAAGAAAGUUUGCAGAUAAUGAGGAUCUUCAAGCCCAGUGGAGGGCAGCCAAAAAAGGCAAUAAAAUGAAGGUCGCAGCACUGAUCAAAGAAAGAACAGGGUAUUCUGUCAGUCCGGAUGCUAUGUUUGAUAUCCAGGUGAAGCGCAUUCAUGAAUACAAGCGACAACUGCUGAAUAUUCUUGGAAUGAUCAAAAUAGAAAGUAAACAGGGUAUCUUCAGUCCGGAUCUAUGCUUUGAAUAUCGCAGGGUAAAGCGCCAUUCAGUAAAUACAAGCGUAGCCAAUGGCUGA